AGCUUGAGAAGCCGGCCAAUUGAAGUCUUGACAUUAUUCCAUUUCCUGAGCCUACUGUUGCUAGUAAGACUAUACCAGCUGCAGGGGACGCAAAAGAGGAAAUUCAAGCGCACGACGAUCCAAAAGUUGUUUACCGACAUACCGGGGACAACCGAGUUGACGUCCUUAUAAAAGCUUUAAGGAGAGAUCUUGCUCUUCAGAAUCAGAUUGCGCGUUGACUGCACUAUUGAGGCUCCUUGUUUACAACAUUGCACGCUACAUCGACCAUGAACGAAUCCUGCCUAUCUUCCAGCAGGGGUGAGAAUGUUCACCAUACCCUUGUUGACCUCAACAGUUCUGGUGGUUCCAUUGCUUCCCUACCCCCAGAACUAUGGGUUGAAAUCUUCUUGUACUGUGUGGAUCAUAGUCCGCGAUGGAGGCUACCGAUUAGCAGCUUGGGGCCGUCCGCGUAUACGUGGACACGACUAUGUCAUGUUUGCCGUCAAUGGAGAGCCAUUCUUCUGUCCACGCCUAUACUAUGGAAUCGAAUCGUGUUCACGCACCAUACGGAUGCUGUUAGCUAUGCGGUGGAGCGAUCCAAGGCAGUCCCAAUUCACCUAUAUUACGCUUUCAGGCGACCUUCGCGUGCUGUAGACACUCUCCGUGCGACCCUUGUGACACAAGCUCAUCGCAUUCAAACCAUCGACUUUAGAGCUAACAAUCGAGAGUGGCUUAGGAUAGCCGGAGCCGUCGAUCCCAGCCCGAGCCCCCCUGCUCUGCAAUCUAUCCAAAUGUCAUACUCUAGUUUUCUUGAAUACGGUGGUCACAUCGACGUACUUGCAGACGUAUUCCUGCGUCGUCCAGCAUCACAUCUCGAAUACAUGUGCCUCAGUCAAUUCCCUUGCACUAUGAUGCAAGGCGCAUCGUAUUCUCGUCUUCGACACCUCAAAUUGCAAGAUACCCCGGAUUUCGUGGAUAUGUCGGAAUUGCUGGAUAUUCUAGCGUCCAUGCCAUAUCUGUUUUCGUUAGAUUUAGACCAAAUCCUCAUCAAUUUCGGAAACGUACCCUCUCGGACUGUCACUUUACUACAUCUGCAAACCCUGCGCCUUGCUACGUAUUCAUGGGAAUGUACGGCAUUACUCAACAGUCUCGCAUUCCCACCUUCCGCAUAUUUAAAGCUCAGAAUUCUCAAGAAUUGGGACGAAUCUCAAGACGAUAGUUCACUUUCACACAUCACAUCUCGUACCCUCACGGCAUGGGCUGAAACAAAGCCCGCUCUGUCGUGUACAUCUAUGCGUAUUAGUCAUGGCCGGAGAGGAGCCAGAUGUCAAAUCUGGACAAACGACUUGGGAGAUUCAAUCUACGACACAUCUGCGCAAACCCAACUGGAUAUUCGGUUCAACUCGGAUAGCAUGCGAGCUUUCAAUGCCAUGUUAACGGUGGCCUCCGCCUUUGCAACGGAUACGUUGCGAAGCGUGCACAUAGAUGGAGUUUCCGCAGUCGAAAUCGAUCUCGAUCAAGCUCGUCUCAUGAGCUGGGCAGCGUUCGAGAAAGCGAGGCAUGUCCAUACUUUGGCGAUGCAUGAAUGGUCUUUCCCGUUACUCAGUUAUAUUCUCGAUACAACAGCCAGAUGUAAUUGGGACCACCCUGGUUGUUCGGCUACCGACGAACCGUUGUUCACAGGUCUCAAACACCUGAUACUCAUCCAGGAACCAACCAAUGAUGCGUUGGAGAAUGCGUUUUUAGACGACUUGCGCUACAAGUUAGAGCUUCGCAAGGAUGCUACUCAGAUGGUCGAGAGGCUAUCUGUCGUGGCAUCUAAGAUAGUGGAAGAAGAGGAGUUCGCAGAGAUAUGGGACUCAAUGAAGGUGGGCAGGCUAGAGCUACGAAGUAACUUCCCACAACAUCCAGACUCGAAAACGUCCGACGAUGAGGACUGGUAGGCUUAACAGCCAAUCCCGGUGAGCAUUGCGGUCUCGGGCUUCAGGGUUGAGAGGUUUAUGUAUUGUUUGACAAGGCCCUGGUACAACGCUAGUUACUUAUACAGAUGGUGUAAUACGGUCGGUUGUUCAUGCAAUAAGUAAAGAAAUCCAUGCGUACAUUCCCUAUC